UGGCGAACUCGUUGUCGAAGGUCUCGGUCUUGGUCCCGGACAACGCGAGACGUUCCCGACUAUAUAAACACCGGGAGAACACUACGGAGCAGAUCAGUCUCAGGUUAAAAUCCUAAGCCAAACGUCCAAACAAACCCAAUCGUCAUGUUCAAGCUAGUCGUCUUGUCCGCUCUCGUAGCCGUCGCCGUUGCCAGACCCGGAGGAUUGUUGGCGAGUCCUCUCCUCAGCAGUUUGAUAUCGGAGAAGACUAUCGAAUCCCACGGGAACACGGUGGUCCAUGGAUCGGCCCCGGUAGUCCACACCGCACCGAUUGCCUACACCGCACCCAUCGCCUACACCGCUCCGAUUAUUCAAAACGUUCACGCCGUACCCCACGCAGCUCAUCUGGUUGCCGAAAAAACCAUCGAAUCCCACGGGAACACCGUUGUACACGGAACAGCCCCGGUUAUCUCAUACGCCGCUCAUGUCCCAGCUUCAAUUAGCUACGCCGGACCAGCUCUGGCUUACACCACUUACGCCCAUCCCGGAGCAGUGAGCGUUUGGUAAUCGAUUUCUGAACGGUUUGCUGAUCAGGAAAAGGAGAUUUACCGUGGGCGUAAUAUAAACGACUGGCAUGACUCGACGAUAAGGUUUUCAAAAAUUGAAUAUACGAGCUAGAGCCGUCAGAAUCGGUAUCAAAAAUUAAAAUUUACAAGGUCUGACGUGAGUCUGGCCGUAUUUAUUGAGAAUGCUAUUAAUUUUGAGAAUCGACAUUACUGACGAGGUUGCAAUGACAACGCCGAUUGACCAAUUUUAUCGCACCUCUGAUGAUAAUAUCGAGAUCAUAAUACUGGCCGUUGCAAGGUCGACCUGGUAUCAUAAUUAAAAUAUUGACCGACCGGACCAACGCCCAAUCAAUUAUUCAUCGGCAUUUAUUACACGCAGGUCGUGUCGCAGGGUCUUAUUUUUGUACAUGAAAUCCGACCGAAUCGCACGUCCAUCCUCAAUGUUUGCAAUUACUGUCAACUUUAUGAUUUCAUCGAAUAAAUUCUGAUACAUUCAA